UUUUGUAUCUUUCUGUAACUAUAGAAACCGUUUAAUAUAAAAGUUUUAUUAUAUAUGAUUAAAUAGUUCACGUGUACACAGUUAUCUUAUUUGUUUUUAUGGAUUUUGUUCCUUUUUGAGGAUGAGUCAGGAAGAGCAACCUAAAAAUGUAUCCAAACGAGAGGUUCAGCCUGGUUUCUGUUCUGCAACUUGCACCGAUAGGACAAAUCUUCAACAGGAAAUAAACAAAUCUGAACUAAAGACAUCGGAUUUGUUUCAUACUUGUAACCUGCCGAAGAGAUUUGAGCAUCCUCAUUGGUUCAACGGAUAUGGAUGUCAAGUCAGUAAGCAGCAUCCAUUUUAUAGAACGUCAGCGAGCGAAUACGGAUGGUAUCCACCUGGAUACUACUCAGUGCCUUCUGUGUUCUUUCCCGCCGGCCAAACCUUCACUAACCGUCUCGCAGCCGCAGGCAUGUAUCGCAACUACAGCCUUAACACUGGCAUGGAUCCCGUUGCCUACCGUUAAAUAUUCAUUUGUAAAUUUUUUAUUGUUAAUUUUAUAUUUAUUAUAGAUUUUAUAUCAAUCGUUUAAAUAAUAUUGUUAACAUAUUUUCAUUUCGAUAUAAAGUUAAAUUUAAUUUCUAAUUUUGAAUGUAUCUUUUUAAAGUUCCUUUGUAAAAGGUAACAAAUAAAACGCAGACAUUAUUG